CUGGCACUGAUCUAGAGACAGCGGGAACUUCUGGGCUCAGGACGAGGGCUGGGCCCCCACCAGCUCAGCAGCUCUGGUGAACUAAGCCCUGCACUGAAAUGCCACUGCCUCAGUACAGUCAGUCACUGCUGCGUCCUCUAGCCUAGGCCCCCCGGGGUGUCCACGCCCCCGUGGGGUUGAGGCCCAGCCGCGCCCCACCCUACCCACGGGCGCCUAGGGCAGCAGGCGCCAGAGUGUAGCCCUGGCAGGGAGGUGCUGUGGGUUGUGUCCUGCGUCCUGCGUCUACACUGAGCCCUUAGUGAACAAGAGGGAAGGAGCUCGGUACCCCGACUGAGGCAGGGAGAAGCGCAAAGAGGGCGGCCAGGAAAGGAGCAGGACUACUCCGGGAAGUUCAGGAUUGCUACAGGGCCCGGGAAGCGUGCGCAGCGGCGCCACACUCUGGUCCCAGCAGCUCGAGACAUCCGGGUGGGAAGCUCGCUUAAACCCAGGGAUUCAAGUACAACGUGGGCCACACAGUGAGCCCUCACCUGAAGAAAGAAGAAUGAUAAUAGCACCGCGCAAGUGCUUGGUGUUGUUGAGUGGAAACUGCUUCUCUGGGGCGUGUUUGGGAGAUCUAGCUGAUUCAUCUCGGCGUCUACACCCAGCGUUGCUCGGACUCUGCCCCUGAGCCCGAGCCCUGGGUUAUCUGAGCCGCAGUUGAGCCCCAAAAGCAUAAACUCUCCAGAUGUCUUCCAGUAAUGACAAGGUUUGUAUCCCAGUGUUACAAAGAAACACCAGAGGCCCUCCUGGGAUGACUGCAAGUGACCUGAAGACAUGUACUGAAAGGAUUGUGUUAAGUUUUCAUAACCUCUCCUACCAAGUAAAAAUGAAGAGUGGCUUUUUCAUUGGUCAGAAAACAGUUGAGAAAGAAAUAUUAUCCAAUAUCAGUGGAAUCAUGAGACCUGGACUCAAUGCCAUUAUGGGACCCACAGGAGCAGGCAAAUCUGUAUUGUUAGAUGUAUUAGCAGCAAGGAAAGAUCCACAUGGAUUAUCAGGAGAUGUUCUGAUAAAUGGAGCACCUCACCCUGCUGACUUCAAAUGUCAUUCAGGUUAUGUAGUACAAGAUCAUGUCAUGAUGAGCACACUGACAGUGAGAGAAAACUUACAAUUCUCAGCAGCUCUUCGGCUUCCAAUGACUAUGACAAAUCUUGAAAAAGAGGAGAGGAUUAAUAAGGUCAUUGAAGACUUAGGUCUGGAUAAAGUGGCAAAUUCCAAGGUUGGAACUAAACUUACCGGUGGCCUAUCUGGAGCAGAAAGAAAAAGGACCAGUAUCGCCAUGGAGCUGAUCAUGGAUCCUUGCAUCUUGUUCCUGGAUGAGCCCACUAAUGGUUUAGACUCGAACACAGCACAUGCUGUGCUUUCACUCCUGAAAAGGAUGUCUAGGCAGGGACGAACAAUCAUCUUCUCUAUUCAUCAGCCUCGGUAUUCCAUCUUCAAGUUAUUUGACAGCCUCACCUUAUUGGCCUCAGGAAAACUAAUGUUUCAUGGUCCUGCACAGGAGGCUAUGGAGUACUUUGCAUCAGCAGGUUACCACAGUGAGCCUUACAACAACCCUGCAGAAUUUUUCUUGGAUAUCAUUAAUGGAGUCUCCUCUACUGUGGUGUUAAGUGGAGAUGAAGAAGACUAUGAAGCCAGUAUGACUGAAGAACCUUCAAAGAGUGACAAGCCAGUCAUAGAAAAAUUAGCCAAGUAUUAUGCCGACUCCUCCUUCUACAGAGAAACAAUAGCUGAAUUAGAGCCACUCUCAGGUAGUCUGAAGAAGAGUUUUGGCUUCAAGGAGAUAACCUAUGCCACCUCCUUCUUUCAUCAGCUCAGAUGGAUUGCCUGGCGUUCAUUCAAAAACUUGUUUGGUAAUCCUCAGGCCUCCAUAGCUCAGAUAAUUGUCAUAAUCGUAAUGGGACUGGUUAUAGGUGCCAUCUUCCUUGUGCUAAAAAAUGAUUGUAAUGAAAUCCAGAAUAGAGCCUUGGUACUCUUCAUGCUCACUGUCUAUGAAUGUUUCAGCAACAAGUCAGCCGGAGAGAUCUUUGUGGUGGAGAAGAAGCUCUUUCUACAAGAGUAUAACAGUGGAUACUACAGACUAUCGUCCUAUUACCUUGGAAAAUUAUUAUCUGAAUUACUACCCAGGAGGUUGUUGCCAAGUAUUUUAUUUACUUGUAUUCCAUACUUCAUGCUAGGAUCAAUGCCAGUGGCAGAGGGUUUCCUUAUCAUGACUUUUACCCUUAUGAUGGUGCGUUACUCAGCCAGUUCCCUGGCACUGGCCAUAGCAGUGGGUCAGAAUGGGGUGUCCAUAACAACCCUUCUCAUGAACAUCUAUUUUCUGUUUAUGAUGAUUUUUUUGGCGAUGUCACUGUAUUUUGAAACCAUGGCACCCCAGCUCUUGUGGCUUCAGUACCUCAGUAUUCCUCAUUAUGGCUUUAUGGCUUUGCAGCACAAUGAAUUUUUGGGACAAAUCUACUGUGCAGGACUCAAUGCCACAAAAAGCAGUAGCUGUCUCAACUAUAUAAUGGCCUUUCUGUUGGAGAUGACACUGGGAAACUGCAGUUACAAACAGCAUGAUGAUGCAGGAAAGGAGGAAAUGCAGGUACACAAGUGUGCUGAUGGCUUUGCCUCUGUAGACAACAGGACUAUUCCCCCUCUAACAGCAGGAAGGAAUGCCUCCCAUGCCUUCCUGUCUGAAAAAAAUAAGGCUGAGGUUUUUGUGUCUGGCCUUGGUAGUCAUGGGGUGUUAAUCCUGGCACUGCCAGGCUAUACCUGCCCACAGGCUGAGCUUCUUUCCACUGUGGAGAAGACUAAGAGCAGAAAGUGGAGAGGUCUGUGGUGAAGGCCAAAGAUGGGAGCUGCAAGAAUGAUCUCAACUCACAUGGAACUGCCCCCGACAGCUGCAGCAAAGAGUGGAGGAGGAUUACACAGAGGAGAUGCAGUGGAGCACCAAGAGGCCCCACUUCAGUCCACUCCCUCACCACCCUAGAUGCAGUAAUGCCCACUUUGACUCCACUCUGGACACUGACAGAAAGGACAGUUAUAAUCUCUAGUAACCAUAGUACAGGAGGAUUAGUGCAACUCACUAGCAGAUGAGUUCCAGGUGGGCGUGCUCCCUACUCUUUGGGAUUCCAGGCAUCUAAUUAAGCAGAGCCCAAAGCUACAGAAAGGAAGUAUAAAUCCUACAAAUGAGUUAAUGACAAUUAUAUAAAGAAAAAUCAGUGUUGCUUGGUUCAUGGACCUGAAUAUUUCAACUAUUGGAAAUAGAACCUAUUAGUUUUAUAUAGGGGGAAGCAAACUUUAUAUGCUGGGACAGAUAGUAAAUAUUUCAGAUUAUAUGAGCAAUAAUGGUUUGUCAAACCACUUUGCUAUCAAAAAGCAAAAACAGCCAUAGACAAUUCAAAAGUAUUUCUGUAAAGUUAAUGCCUCCAUUAGGACAUACAGCCUAAUAAGUGAUCCCAAAGAUGCCAGGGACAGUCAGUCGGUUAUAACAUAUUAUCAUUUAGCCACCCACUUACUGGUUGGUCUGUUCAGCUUGAAGGUCAGGACCAUAUUGCAUCAAGUGUCAGCAGUGAUUAUCAUUAAAUCCUCUUUGAUGGAGCUCAACUUGUCAGAAGACCAAUUAAAAGUCUCUAUCACACUAUCUUUACAUUCUGAUAAAAACCCCACUGACCAAACACUGGAGUAGUUAAAAGUCUUCUCCAAAUAAAUAAUUCUACUUUUUAAAAGUAUAUAAAUGAUAAGGAUGUUAAUAA